UAAGAGGUAAAUUCAAAAGCAAUGUGGAGGAAAGGAAAGUGGGGAAAAUAUCUAAAACGUUAUAACGAACAGUGGAAAAGUGAUCCAUCUUUUAAAGCAUGGAUUCAACCUUCGACGGAAGAAGCAGUCAAUGCCAGAAAAGCUGAAGCUUAUUGCAAGUUUUGUGCAACAAAUCUGAGAGCCCAUAAAUCUGAUCUUCUGGAUCAUCGUCGUACGAAAAAACAUACAGCACGCGAAAAUUCUCUUGCGACGACAUCUCGGGGGAGAUUGGACAUUCCAGAUAUUGACAUUGACAAGCUGGACGCACAAUGGCGUUCGCUGGGAACGCUGACGCUUAAAGAGAUCAACCCUGAGUUUUCUGAUGGAAUGGAAAUUGACUCCGUGAAAUUUUGGGGUCACGUCAGGCAACUAUCAAACGCAGUCGGUGAAACUCCAUAUGAAGAACUGGCAGAUUUCUGUUUAAAAGCUCUCACUUUGCCAGAAGUUUUGAAAUCGUGCUGUAUAGAUUUUCAACCAUCUCAGGACAUGCUGAUGCGCUUCACAUCGCAAAUGUAUGAAUCUACGCGCAAUUCUAAAGAUUUAGGCACGCCAAGGCAAAAGUCGAACUCUACCGCAGAAGGAGAAGAUUUGCUAGAGAUGAUUACUUUGUUCGAUGACGAAUAA